CAGACAGACAAUCAUCAUCAAGGUCAUCAUCGUUGUCGAACUCAUCGAGGUCAUCGUCAUUGUCGUCCAGCACAAACGCGAGCCCCAUGUGCAUGAGGAUUUAGGCUUGCCAUGUCAAUGCAAGAUGUGCUUGAAGUUCAACGUUCAGCGCUGAGCCUGUGUUGAUGCGCUGGUUACGGUGGCUGCGUCGGCAUGCUCUCGGCAGCAUUGCGGAUCUUUUAAAAUACCAACUGGAUUAAGCUGGGCAAGAAUUCAACAACCCUAAUAAUAAAGUUUAUUAGCUGGGCAACUUAGGUGAGCCACAUUCGCUUCACAUAAAUAUCAUAUUGCAGCGCGUGAAGCACUCAACAAUACCCAUUAGAUACCCACAAUGAUUUUGCUCACUCUCUCCACUGAACAUGUUCGCAAUACCGUCAUCACCAACGAGCAAGGACAAGCUAUUUACAAGACAAACACUCCGUCCAGACUAGUUCGCACCCGCACCACGACCAUUCAGAAAAUCAAGCCAAAUGACAACCGGUAUCAUACGCACGACCAGUUUGAUGUCUUAGGAGAGAUCGAGUGGCACACAUUUGUUUCGUCAAAGUUUCGAUCCCAUGGAACUGAAGUAAAGACGGAGGUGUUCAUACCGAAGAGAGGCCUAUGGGGUCGGAAGCGCGUCUUCACAGGACCAGAUGGCCGUCCCUAUCGCUGGGACCUCACGUCCAGAGUGGUAGUUGUGAGUACACUUCCACUUCAUUGAUCCUGAUGCCUCUGUUUUUCUCAUCAUG